CCGCUUUCUGUGUUUUUGUUUCCCGCGCAAGUCGCAUCCAAUCAAAAGUUGCGCGUGCUGGUUGACAGCUGGGCCCGUGCUUGGGGCUGAGAGCCAACCUCUCCCCCCCCCCGCCCCUCUUCCCUUCGUUUCAUUCAACCACCCACUCACUCCCCAACCCAUCGCCACACUCAGACAAGCAGCAUGGAAGAGGGUGAUCGACAGCCGGCACAGGGCGGGGCAGACCCUGCCUGGGCAAGUCGCAUUCGCGAGGCACAAGCAGUCUUGUCUCGGCACCUUCCACACAGAUCAAGCAAGGAAGAACUCGUCCAACGCAACAUCCUCAAAGGCUUUGGCACUGCACACAAUUGCAUGCCAUGCAAGGCCAACUGCAACGAGCAAAGAUUGGAGACUCGUUGGAACGAAACCUUGCCAACCGACCCUCCGUCGAACAGCUCCAGAACAACAACAUCCUGCGCCGACAUCAACAAGCACCAGCUACAGUCCCGCCUCUCCUCCCACCUCACCGCCCGCCCGCCUGUCGCAGACCUCGUCCAUCGCAACAUCUUGCCUGCGGACAAGGAAGCCGCUGGCCCGCACGGCCACAGCCCGCUGGCAUCCUCUGUCAUAUCAUCCUCCACACACGCCCUGUCCCCAAUGCAACAAGACCAACAAGAACAGCAAUACCACCACAUCGAGGGCCCGGACUUUGAUGGCAAUGAUCUUGGUGGCGAUGGCCGUUUCCCACCAACGCCGCCGCCGCCUCCAGCCACGUCUGCUGCUGCCCCGCCCACGUCCUCUUCAUCCUCGUCGUCGUCCGCCUUCGCCAGCAGCCAACAGCAGCCCAUGCAGGCAUCCGCGCCUAUCAGCGCACGCGAGGGCAGUGCAUUUCAGCCCAAGCAGCCGGUGGCCGGACAGCAGGUACGCUUGACGCCGCUCAAGGCGCCGGCAACGCUGCCCUCAAACACGCGCGUGGUGCUGGUCCCUCCCGGGCAGCAGUACAUCAUGGCCAACGUAACCAUCGUGGGGGCGCAGCAGCAACAUCAGCAGGCAACCGGCACUUCCCCCAUGAGCAGCAGCGGCGGCGCAGGAGUCCCUGAAGCCAAUGUGGGCCAACAAGGGAUGGUGGCAUCGCCAGCAACUUCCACAUCAACGUCCACCACCGCCUCGACGUCCACCUCUGCCUCGGCAUCGACGCCCCCCACAGCGCUGGCCACGCCCGUUGGUGAUGCCGGCAGCUCGCAGCUUUCGGGCAAGGACGGCGCGAAGCGGCGGGCAACGGUUGUGCUGCAGCCGCACCACGUGAUGCUUGCACCGCAGCCGGCGCCCGUGCCUCGCGACCCGCAGCACAAGCACAUUGUGGACCAGGAGCUGAAGCGGUACGUGCAGGAGAACAUCAAGGUUAUGCGCAAGCAGUACCCCGACCAGGAGAACGAGGGCCUGGAGCAGUUUGUGGAGCAGGCGGUCUCGGAGCAAGCGCGCGCCUACCUCAAGGUGACGACGCAGCUCACUGCCGUGCAGAAGAAGGCCACCCUGCCGCACAGCGACGUGCGCGCGCGCAUCAAGGCGCAAGAGCCUGCGCAGGCGCGAGCAGAGGUGCACCAGGAGCUGCAGGCGUUCCAGGCGCGCUCGGCCCUGCCGCAUCGCCAAGUGCGCACGCGCCUCACGGAGCACCGCAAGUCGCAGUCUGCAUCGUCCAAGGGCGCGUCGUCGUCGGCGUCGUCAUCGUCGUCGUCGGCGGCGGCGGCAGCGGCCAAGGCGGCGGCAGCCAAUAGGCGGCGACGUUCCCGCAAGAAGGGCGACACGCAGCGGGCGAGCCUGCGCAGUGGCAACAGGAAGGCGAUGAAGCGGUUCAAGUACCACGAGUACUUGCCUGUGGACGGCGAGCCCAAGGCAGGGCGCCGGCGCAGCCACUCGUCAUCCCCCAUCACGUUCCUGACGUCGCCUGCAACGGACAACUCCAACCCAGCCACCCCUGAUGAAGAGAUGCGCGCCGUUGGUAUCAAGGGCGUGUCCCCUGCAACACACAUGGAGUGCGCCCCAGACACCCCGGCGAGUGCGACUGCUGCGUCCCCCGAUUCCACUGCGCCUGCGCGGGACCGCAGCACGCGCCGCUCCCGCCGCCGUUCCAGUCGCCGCAGCGCCUCGAGACGGCGUGCAGGAUCAGAGGCCACAAGCGCAUCGCGCGCAGAGAAGCCGCCAGCGUCCCCGCCACGGUCUUCAUCCGUGUCGCACCACCACGCGGCAGCAAUGCACCAGCAACAUCAUACGCAGCAACACCAACAAACACAGCAGCAGCAGCAGCAGCAGCAGCAGCAGCAGCAGUAUGUUCAGCAGCACAGCCGGGCGAUGCCGCCACGUGACAUCUUCUCGCUCAGCUGGUCGGGCCCGGGCACCAUGAUGUCACAGGCCGUGCAGAUGCAGGCAGCUUCGCCCAUGUCGCCAGAGGAUGAUUCAGUGUCACCACAGCACCACCAGCACUACCCACAUCCCCACCACCGGCAGCACUACCAGCAGCACCAGCAGCACUACCAGCAGCACCGCCCCGCGUCGUUGCAGCUGCCAGGACAGCCCCACCCUCACCACCGCUCAUGCGAUGUCACGCCCAUGAUCCGUUCCCCGCAAGGUGAGCUGGCGCCGGCGCCGGCGCCUUCCUGGGACAUGGGGCAGUCACCAGGUGCAGUGGACAGCGAGAUGCAUGCGCUGAUGAUGCGGCACAAGCAGCAGCAAGCCAUGCUCCAACACCAGCAGAUGGCUGAACAGCACAUGCUGCAGCAGCGCCGCGUCAUGCGGUUCCCUGCUGCUGACCUCCACCAGUCACACCACCAGGCUGCGCUUCAUGGUGUCGCGAGCAGCGGACCACGCGCCGCCCGGCACCAACGCUCGCUGUCGGACGUGAGCGUGUAUCCAUUCCACGCCCACCACAGCCAGCACCACACCCACGCCAACCCGGACACGGAAGCAGCACAGCUUGAGCGACCGCACACAGGCGAGACCUUGAACGUCGACAGUCAUGCAGCCGGUGGUGCUGCCCACCACCUCCAGCAGCAGCAGCAGCAUCAGCAUCACCAACCCGAUCAGCAGCAGCAACAGCCCUGGGAGUACACACAGCAGCAGCACGACGCCACGCACGUUGCUGGGUCUCCACCGGAUGUGCUGCACUUGCCGCCAAGCGAUCAGCUCCUGCAACAGCCGCUCCCUCUGCAGCACCAACCACAACACGAGGCGCAAGCACAGCAAGUACCCCUUUUCCACCAGCAGCAGUCGCAACAUCUUCAUCAACCGCGAGAGCAACCGCAAGAGCAGCAACCGCACCAUCAAGAACAACAGCAGCCACAACAACAGCAACAGCAGCCACAACAACAGCAGGAAAACCUUACACAGGCCACAUCACCGCUGUUUGAGCUGCUGCCUGAGGAGCUGUUUCCGUUUCCGGACGAUCUGGAAGGACUGGCAGACCUCACAGCACCCGACCUCCUCGACCCCUCGCUCAUGCUGGACGAGCCCCAGCAGAACAGCGCCCACCAGCACCAGCAGUCAACUGAUGGUGUCGGUGUACAGGCGCACUCCCCAGCCAACCCGGCCAACCCGACGGCAUCAGCGGAUGUUCGCCAGCAGCAGCAGCAGCAGCAGCCUGAGCCGCUGUUGUCCCUGCAGCCGCGAGCACACGACCGGAGUGCAUCCUGGAGCGGCAACCCGUCAUCGUUUGGCAUUGACUUGUCCUCUUCUGCACAACUUCACCACCAGCAACAUCACCACCAGCAACAUCAGCCCCAGCAACAGCACCAGCAACAACAGCCUACAACUGUGGAUGCGUCCAGCGCCGCCACGUCAGUUGCCCCGUUGUCUGGCGGCAUGUUCUCCAUGGAUGAGGCGGGCGAUUUAGCCACUUCCCCAACUGGCCUUGACGCCCUCAUCAGCGACGACCCGCUCAUCGGUGACUUUGCUCUAUCGGGCCAAUGA